AUGCCCAAAAAGCCAGCAUAUGCAAAAUCAUACUUUGCUGUCAACUUAGAAUUGUACGUGGGACUGCAACCUGAUGGUCCAUUCAAGUUGAGCAAUAAGCCAAACGAUGUGGUUCUUAGUCUUAUAGCUCCAACUUUCGGCACAAAACGAAAUGUAACGUUUGAUAAUUGGUUCAGCAAUUACGAUCUGAUGCUAACACUGCUGAGACAACACAAAAUUACAUCCGUCGGCACGGUUAGGAAGAACAAACGGCAAAUACCCGAGAGCUUCAAAGUAGUGAAAAACAGACCAGACCAUUCCAGCAAAUUUGGUUUUCAAAAAGAUAUGACUUUAGUUUCCUAUACACCAAGAAAAGGUAAGGUUGGACUUCUUAUGUCUACGUUACACCAUACUCCAGAUAUUGAUGAAACUACUGGGGAUAAAAGUAAACCGGAAGUAGUUUCGUUUUAUAGUGCUACAAAAGGUGACGUAGAUGUCGUUGAUGAGCUGUCGGCGAG